GGGAGUCAGGUUGACGCGCCCUGGCUGAGGGGCUCGAGGCGCGGGGCUGGGCGCGCUCCCGCGGAGCCCGAGCCGAAGAGGCUCCCGGGCUGGACUCGGGCUUCUCAGGUAAUCUGACAUCUUAAAGAUUUUGAAGAGGAAACAUUGCAAAGGAACACAGGCUGUAAAAGAAGAAAUCUUCAUGGACUCUGUGUGGAUGGUGCACCAAUCCAUCCGUCACUGAGGCCAUGAGCUCUUCUCAUCCCUUGGGUGUUCCCAUGUUCUCCAGUGAGAACUCCUCCACUUCAUUUGGUGCCAUGGGAAAAACCUGAAGGACAGGAAGAAUUGCUCCCGACCUUGUGGCUUUUUCCAGGAUUGCAGUGGCUCUUACAGACCAUGACAAUUGGAGAUCAUUCGUGUUGUCUUUCGGAGUCGAACCAAAGAACGCGCUUCCUCAUUCUCUGGUGUUUUAGCGCCUGACCAUUUUUAUAUUUGUUUCUGUUGCUCGUGCCUUUCCACCAUCUUAUGUGAUCACGAGACAUCCUUGAAGUUUUCCAGCACGACUUGCAGGCAUCCGGACUCCUUGGGGGCUCGCCCAUGGCUCGGCGGGCCAGCAGUCCAAGGGCAUUACGAUGAGGCACUGCAUUAAUUGCUGCAUCCAGCUGUUGCCCGACGAAGCACACACACAGCAGGUCAGCUGCCGAGGAGGCCCCCAUCACAGUCGCCAGGAGUGCCCCAUGUGCAAAGGAGAAAACAAAAUUGUGUUUCGCGUGGACGGUAAGCAGAUGAACUUGCUUGCCGUUCUCGAAGUGAGGGCUGAAGGGAAUGAGAGCUGGAGUGGGUUUUUGCGCUUCAAGAAGGGGAAGCGAUGCAGCCUCGUUUUUGGAUUGAUAAUAAUGACGUUGGUGAUGGCUUCUUACAUCCUUUCUGGGGUCCACCAAGAGCUUCUGAUCUCAUCGCCUUUCCAUUACGGAGCCCUCCCCAGCAAUCCCAGCUUGAUGGACGGUGAAAAUCCGAGUGACACAAAAGAGCAUCAUCACCAGCCCUCUGUAAAUAAUAUUUCGUACGUGAAGGACUAUCCAAGCAUUAAAUUAAUUAUCAACAGCAUCGCAGCCAGGAUUGAGUUCACAACCAGACAGCUCCCAGACGUGGAAGAUCUCAAGAAGCAGGAAUUGCACAUGUUUUCAGUCAUCCCGCACAAAUUCCUCCCCAACAGUAAGAGCCCCUGUUGGUACGAGGAGUUCACGGGGAGGAACACCACCGACCCCUACCUGACCAACUCCUACGUGCUCUACUCCAAGCGCUUCCGCGCCACCUUCGACGCCCUGCGCAGGGCCUUCUGGGGCCACCUGUCGCACGCGCACGGCAAGCACUUCCGCCUCCGCUGCCUGCCGCGCUUCUACAUCAUCGGGCAGCCCAAGUGCGGCACCACCGACCUCUACGACCGCCUGCGGCUGCACCCGGAAGUGAAGUUCUCCGCCAUCAAGGAGCCGCACUGGUGGACCCGGAAGCGCUUCGGAAUAGUCCGCCUGAGAGAUGGUCUGCGGGACCGCUAUCCCGUGGAAGAUUAUCUGGACCUCUUUGACCUGGCUGCACACCAGAUUCAUCAAGGACUGCAGGCCAGCUCUGCGAAGGAACAGAGCAAGAUGAAUAGAAUCAUUAUCGGGGAGGCCAGCGCCUCCACCAUGUGGGAUAACAAUGCCUGGACAUUCUUCUACGACAACAGCACGGAUGGUGAGCCCCCCUUUCUGACCCAGGACUUCAUCCACGCCUUUCAGCCAGACGCAAAGCUGAUCGUCAUGCUCAGGGACCCCGUGGAGAGGUUGUACUCAGACUAUCUCUACUUUGCAAGUUCGAAUAAAUCUGCAGAUGACUUCCAUGAAAAAGUGACAGAAGCGCUGCAGCUGUUUGAAACUUGCGUGCUGGGUUAUUCACUGCGCGCCUGUGUCUACAACAACACUCUUAACAACGCCAUGCCUGUGAGGCUGCAGGUCGGGCUGUACGCCGUGUACCUUCUGGACUGGCUCACGGUCUUUAAUAAAGAACAGUUCCUCAUUCUCCGCCUGGAAGACCACGCCUCUAACGUCAAGUACACCAUGCACAGGGUCUUCCAGUUUCUCGACCUCGGGCCCCUAAGUGAGAAACAAGAGGCCUUGAUGACCAAGAGCCCCGCCUCCAACACGCGGCGUCCCGAGGACCGGAACUUGGGGCCCAUGUGGCCGGUCACACAGAGGCUCCUGCGGGACUUCUACGGGCCUUUCAACGCCCGGCUGGCGCAGGUCCUCGCCGACGAGGCCUUCCUGUGGAAGAAGACGUGAGGCCGGGUUCCCGCUGCCGCCAUGAUUUCCAUGCUUUGAAAAUCUCUCUUGGUGGGGAACCCUUUCGCUCAGAGCCUGGAGAAAACCCCUCCCCAGGCCCACGUUUAUGGAAACCAGUUCAGAAUUUCCUUUGUGAUGUUAAACAGCCCAGCGAUGGACCCUUCACUGAGCCUCGGAUGGAGGCUGUUGGAAAUUCCACUUUGGAAAGGGUCCCCUUCUGCUCCGAGAGUGGCUGGGGUCCGGGAUGAGGCCGGCGGGCGCUGGGCUGGGUGCCGGGAGGGAAGCGUGGAGUCUGGGCUUUGACAGUUCUGGGUGGAGGUCCUGCCCCAGGGCUGGCCAGACGUACACUACACAUUCAGCUUCGAAACCCUCUGUUUAGAUCACUAACCUCAUUUUGGCGGAGAAUAGAGGCUCUCAUUUUUUUUCCCUUUUACCCCAAAGUCAGCCCUUCCAUCUCUUCAGAUUUAAACCCUGUUAACUUCACUGUUGAUGAGAAAAAAGACACAAGUCGAUUUUUGGUAGCACUUUCGUGUCUCGGACCUCCUCCCCUUCUGUCCUUGUGGACUUCACUUAUGUUUAACAGAAAACGAGCGCAUUUAAAACAAACCACUUUCUACAUUUCACUGGCUGGAGCUUUCUUUUCUGCCCCUUUAGAUGUUUUCUCAAGGGUUUUUUCAGUUUCUAAUUGGAAUAUAACUUCAGUUUAAAAUCGGAAGGGAAAUUUUUGCUGUUAAUGCCAGACUGAGCACCUCGGAGGAACUGAUGAAAAAUCUGGGCAUCUUGGCCCUCGCCGUGCAUCUGAGGUCCUCAGAGAACUGCAGCCGUUUGAGGUUUUUAGUACCGGGUGCGACAGGCUCCGUUGCUCUGCCUUCCUCCCAAGUGAACUUGUUAUCACAUUCUCCGCCAUGUGUGGCCAGAGGUCCUUCCUCACUCAAUGAACUGCAGGAUGCUCUUUUCUGAUUCAGAAGCACAGCACAUGAGCUAUGCCUGGGCCGGACAUGCUGUGCUGGGAUUUGGAACGAGAAUGCCGGGAGCUGUGUCCUUGACAGAACUUUCUGGGCCACUUGGCAGCCUGGUUUACUGUUGGAUGGGCUGAAGGUCUUGCUGUUACUUGGAGGUGAUGGGAAAGAUUGAACAUAGUCGUUGCACACAGCCCCAGGCGGGAGCCCAACCAAGCUUUGCACGUGGUUGUCAAGGGAAGCUUCUGCGAAUCAGAGCUCUCCAAGUCGAGGUGCCGGAUGCACACCAGUGAGAGAGUGCAAAUGCCUACACGCCCAGCCGCCACUCUUGGGAGUGAGGAUUUGCUGAGCUGUCCAGCCCUAGUGCCGUUGGAGAUGGGAUGCUCGGCCCAUUUGAAGGCGUAUGGAGGGCUCUGAAUGGCACGGCCGGGCGGUUUCUGCUGUGAAGGAUCCAUGGGCCUGAACACCCGCUUUCGGGGACAGGCCCCCGUUUCUGUCCUGGUGGCACUCGGAGCAGCAGCCAGCAGGCAAACCUGGCCUGAGCACAAGGUGCCGUAGGGGACGUCGCUUGCACGUGCGUGUGUAUUUAUUUGCAGUGCAGGUGCGGUGUGCGUGGGGGUGUGUGUGUGCGUCUCUGAGUGGGUUCCCUUCAGUUCUGUUGCUGAUCAGCUUUCUCCGCUCUGGACACACCCCUUCGUGGAUUUCUUUCUCUUUCAGUUCGCUUGUCACUUUCAGCCCGUAUUUUUGCUCUUCGGCCCCGACUGUAAUUACAAGGACUUUUCUUACGCACCCCUGUGCAUGUGAACAACAUGUAGCGUAAUUCUGCUUCUUACAGAAGUAUUACUGAACGUCUUAUUUCCAAUAUUAUUUGGUUUAUUAUACAAAUCUUUUUAUAGAUGAUCCCUCGGUGUCGAUCAGCGCCGUGCAGACCCGGUGUCUCCAGGGGCCUUUCUCCAAAGGGCUGUCUGUCUGUUCCUUUGCUUUCCUCUGCUCUCUCUCACUUGAGGCCCCACUCUUGGUGACAGCACAGCUGCCCUUUCGAGCCGUGGUCCUCGAGCCUGUCAUCCCAAACCAAAGCGAAAUGGAGGAUUUCUCACGACCCGGUCUGGAAGUUCCUUUGUGUCCCCAAAGCUGUGCAUCGGGUUGUAUUAAAUUGUAAUCCCUUAGUCGCGUAAGGUAUGUUAAUGAACCACUGUUAUGCUGUACUUUUAUUAAUAUUGAACAUAAUUAAAUGUGGACCCCUGUGACUGGGACCUGGGGGCGCAUGCCCUUCCUCAUAAGCCGUCAGAGCUCUUGUGGGAGGUUUUCCGCCGUGUCCACUGUGCGUGAAUGAACCACGGGGGUAGUUCUGUGUCUCACCUGCGUGUGAUGUGCACCCGGUAUGCACGGGACCUGCCGCACGUGAUGACGAUGCGAGAGAG